AUGGCCUGUUUCCGUGAGACUAGCAGAAGGUCGCCGUCGGAUAGACCAGAUGAAGCCACAGUCGCCAUGGGAGAAAGAACAUUGCCGUUGAAACGCAGCUCCUGCUGGUCGGUAGGAAUGGCGAGCUCGUUCUGCACCAUGGCAGAGACGGUGCCGAUAUUGCUUGAGGAGGAGACCUCGAUGAGGGAUACGGCACCUGCGUCGUUGACGAUGGUGAGCUUAAGCGGCAUGGUAGAGGUUGGGGGGUUCGGGAACGGGGGUUCGGGAGCUUGUGCGUUUGGAGAGAGCAGCGGUAGAGUGUUGAGAGGGCUUGGUAUAAGAGAAAGGGGGAAGGUGGGGAUGACAUGGUAUUAUGUGGGGGUGGAACGCGUCAGGUCAAUUGUUGCAUUCGUGGCGAAACUCUUGAAACGUGGUAUACCUGUAGAAGCAGUUGCUCGUUUUAGGAGAGGGGUGCGCCAAUUAGAAGGCCCCACGUUGAUGGCGACAUCUUUGGAAACGCUGUUUAGCAGGGCGCUGUCCUCCUCCUCGCAGCGAGCAUUGUGCCAAGACGAACAGCUCAGCCGGGCUGCUUACACACAUUCACAUCAAUCUGCAAUGGAAGCUGUUGUCGAAGCCUUAUUAUGUACUCCCUCUGGAAGAAACGCCAUGUAA